UCGAGCGAGACUUCCGGGAAAGCUGUUAGUACAGCUCCGUGAAGCUAGCGUCAAAAUUUUAUGAUUUUUUUCAUUAUGUAUUUGGCAACGAUACAGGUACUCGAUGUCCACUGAUUCAUGCAGCGGUAUGAUGAACAGUGCGGCGAGCGGAAUAAUGCGCGUGCUGUGCCUCAGUGCGCUGCAGGAGAGCCGAACAGGGGAGUGGCUCCGUCUGAUUGCUGCGGGACGAGCUUGGACUCCUCACGAGGAAGAGCUGCACGUGGAGGAUGAGGGAUUUGAAGAUGUGGAGGACGAGAGGGACCCAACGGCCCAUCAUCUUGCAGCACCAUCAGGCAGUGUGGAUGUGAGGCUGGUGAAUGGAAGCAGCCCAUGUGCUGGGAGAGUGGAGGUUUACCAUCAGGGAGAGUGGGGGACGGUGUGUGAUGAUGACUGGGAUUUGAAAGAUGCUGGGGUGGUGUGUGAACAGCUGGGCUGUGGAGAUGCUGUAGAUGCACCAGGAUAUGCUUACUUUGGAGAAGGGUCUGGGAAAAUAUGGAUGGAUAAUGUAUUCUGCAGGGGAUCAGAAUCCACACUGAAGGAGUGUGAGUCACAAGGAUGGGAUGAAGAAGACUGUGAUCAUCGAGAGGAUGCUGGAGUGAUCUGUUCAGAGGUCAGGCUGGUGGGUGGGGCUGACCUGUGCUCUGGGAGAGUAGAGGUGCAUCAUGGUAGCUCCUGGGGCACGGUGUGUGAUGCUGACUUUGACCAGCGGGACGCAGAGGUUGUGUGCAGGGAGCUGGGCUGUGGAGUUCCUAAAGAGCUGCGGGGGGCAGCUGCGUUUGGCCAGGGGGAGGGCCAGGUUUGGGCAGAGGAGAUUCAGUGUUCAGGCAACGAAUCUCAGAUUUACUUCUGUCCCAAAGCACCCUCACAAAAUCAACCCUGCUCCCAUGGAAACGAUGUGGGACUGGUGUGUUCUGGCAGUGAGGAUGUGAGGCUGGUGAAUGGAAGCAGCCCCUGUGCUGGGAGAGUGGAGGUUUACCGUCAGGGAGAGUGGGGGACAGUGUGUGAUAAUGACUGGGAUAUGCCAGAUGCUGGGGUGGUGUGUAGACAGCUGAGCUGUGGAGAUGCUGUAGAUGCACCAGGAGAUGCUCACUUUGGACACGGGUCUGGGAGAAUAUGGAUGGAUGAUAUAUACUGCUGGGGAUCAGAAUCCACACUGAAGGAGUGUGGGUCAGGAGGAUGGGGUGUACAUAACUGUAGUCAUGGAGAUGAUGCUGGAGUGAUCUGCUCAGCUCCAGCCCCUCAAAAAGUCAGGCUGGUGGGCGGGGCUGACCUGUGCUCUGGGAGAGUAGAGAUGAAUCUUCGGAGCUCCUGGGGCACGGUGUGUGAUGCUGACUUUGACCGGCGGGACGCAGAGGUUGUGUGCAGGGAGCUGGGCUGUGGAGUUCCUAAAGACCUGCGGGGGGCAGCUGCGUUUGGCCAGGGGGAGGGCCCGGUGUGGGCAGAGGAGAUUCAGUGUUCAGGCAACGAAUCUCACAUUUACUUCUGUCCCAAAGCACCCUCCCAGAAUGAAUCCUGCUCCCAUGGAAACGAUGUGGGACUGGUGUGUUCUGGCAGUGAGGAUGUGAGGUUGGUGAAUGGAGGCAGCCCCUGUGCUGGGAGAGUGGAGGUUUACCAUCAGGGAGAGUGGGGGACGGUGUGUGAUGAUGACUGGCAUAUGACACAUGCUGGGGUGGUGUGUAGACAGCUGGGCUGUGGAGAUGCUGUAGAAGCACCAAGAGAUGCUCACUUUGGACACGGGUCUGGGAGAAUAUGGAUGGAUGAUGUGUACUGCUGGGAAUCAAUAUCCAUACUGAGGGAAUGUGACUCACGAGGAUGGGGUAUACAUAACUGUGGUCAUGGAGAUGAUGCUGGAGUGAUCUGCUCAGCUCCAGCCCCUCGAAAAGUCAGGCUGGUGGGCGGGGCUGACCUGUGCUCUGGGAGAGUAGAGGUGCAUCAUGGGAGCUCCUGGGGCACGGUGUGUGAUGCUGACUUUGACCAGCGGGACGCAGAGGUUGUGUGCAGGGAGCUGGGCUGUGGAGUUCCUAAAGAGCUGCGGGGGGCAGCUGCGUUUGGCCAGGGGGAGGGCCAGGUUUGGGCAGAGGAGAUUCAGUGUUCAGGCAACGAAUCUCAGAUUUACUUCUGUCCCAAAGCACCCUCACAGAAUCAACCCUGCUCCCAUGGAAACGAUGUGGGACUGGUGUGUUCUGGCAGUGAGGAUGUGAGGCUGGUGAAUGGAGGCAGCCCCUGUGCUGGGAGAGUGGAGGUUUACCAUCAGGGAGAGUGGGGGACGGUGUGUGAUGAUGGCUGGCAUAUGACACAUGCUGGGGUGGUGUGUAGACAGCUGGGCUGUGGAGAUGCUGUAGCAGCACCAGGAGAUGCUCACUUUGGAGAAGGGUCUGGGAGAAUAUGGAUGAGUGAUGUGUCCUGCUGGGGAUCAGAAUCCACACUGAAGGAGUGUGACUCACCAGGAUGGGGUGAACAUGACUGUGGUCAUGGAGAUGAUGCUGGAGUGAUCUGCUCAGGCAGUGAGUAUGUGAGGCUGGUGAAUGGAAGCAGCCCCUGUGCUGGGAGAGUGGAGGUUUACCGUCAGGGAGAGUGGGGGACAGUGUGUGAUAAUGACUGGUAUAUGCCAGAUGCUGGGGUGGUGUGUAGACAGCUGAGCUGUGGAGAUGCUGUAGAAGCACCAGGAGAUGCUCACUUUGGAGAAGGGUCUGGGACAAUAUGGAUGAGUGAUGUGUCCUGCAGGGGAUCAGAAUCCACACUGAAGGAGUGCGACUCACGAGGAUGGGGUAAACAUAACUGUGGUCAUGGAGAUGAUGCUGGAGUGAUCUGCUCAGGCAACAUCAGGCUGGUGGGCGGGGCUGACCUGUGCUCUGGGAGAGUAGAGAUGAAUCUUCGGAGGUCCUGGGGCACGGUGUGUGAUGCUGACUUUGACCAGCGGGACGCAGAGGUUGUGUGCAGGGAGCUGGGCUGUGGAGUUCCUAAAGAGCUGCGGGGGGCAGCUGCGUUUGGCCAGGGGGAGGGCCAGGUGUGGGCAGAGGAGAUUCAGUGUUCAGGCAACGAAUCUCACAUUUACUACUGUCCCAAAGCACCCUCACAGAAUGAAUCCUGCUCCCAUGGAAACGAUGUGGGACUGGUGUGUUCUGGCAGUGAGGAUGUGAGGCUGGUGAAUGGAAGCAGCCCCUGUGCUGGGAGAGUGGAGGUUUACCAUCAGGGAGAGUGGGGGACAGUGUGUGGUGAUUACUGGGGUUUGAAAGAUGCUGGGGUGGUCUGUGAACAGCUGGGCUGUGGAGAUGCUGUAGAUGCACCAGGAGAUGCUCACUUUGGAGAAGGGUCUGGGAACAUAUGGAUGGAUAAUGUAUUCUGCUGGGGAUCAGAAUUCACACUGAAGGAGUGUUGGUCACCAGGAUGGGGUGAACAUAACUGUGGUCAUAAUGAGGAUGCUGGAGUGAUCUGCUCAGAGGUCAGGCUGGUGGGCGGGGCUGACCUGUGCUCUGGGAGAGUAGAGGUGCAUCAUGGGAGCUCCUGGGGCACGGUGUGUGAUGCUGACUUUGACCAGCGGGACGCAGAGGUUGUGUGCAGGGAGCUGGGCUGUGGAGUUCCUAAAGAGCUGCGGUGGGCAGCUGCGUUUGGCCAGGGGGAGGGCCAGGUGUGGGCAGAGGAGAUUCAGUGUUCAGGCAAUGAAUCUCAAAUUUACUUCUGUCCCAAAGCACCCUCACAGAAUCAACCCUGCUCCCAUGGAAACGAUGUGGGACUGGUGUGUUCUGGCAGUGAGGAUGUGAGGCUGGUGAAUGGAGGCAGCCCCUGUGCUGGGAGAGUGGAGGUUUACCAUCAGGGAGAGUGGGGGACAGUGUGUCAUGGGGGCUGGGGUUUGACACAUGCUGGGGUGGUGUGUAGACAGCUGGGCUGUGGAGAUGCUGUAGCAGCACCAGGAGAUGCUCACUUUGGACACGGGUCUGGGACAAUAUGGAUGGAUGAUGUGUUCUGCUGGGGAUCAGAAUCCACACUGAAGGAGUGUGACUCACGAGGAUGGGGUGUACAUAACUGUGGUCAUGGAGAUGAUGCUGGAGUGAUCUGCUCAGGCAGUGAGGAUGUGAGGCUGGUGAAUGGAAGCAGCCCCUGUGCUGGGAGAGUGGAGGUUAACCAUCAGGGAGAGUGGGGGACGGUGUGUGAUCAUGGCUGGAGUGUGAGACAAGCUGGGGUGGUGUGUAGACAGCUGGGCUGUGGAGAUGCUGUAGAAGCACCAGGACGUGCUCGCUUUGGACAAGGGUCUGGGAGAAUAUGGAUGGAUGAUGUGUUCUGCUGGGGAUCCGAAUCCUUACUGAAGGAGUGUGACUCACGAGGAUGGGGUGUACAUAACUGUGGUCAUGGAGAUGAUGCUGGAGUGAUCUGCUCAGCUCCAGCCCCUCGAAAAGUCCGGCUGGUGGGCGGGGCUGACCUGUGCUCUGGGAGAGUAGAGAUGUAUCAUGGGAGCUCCUGGGGCACGGUGUGUGAUGCUGACUUUGACCAGCAGGACGCAGAGGUUGUGUGCAGGGAGCUGGGCUGUGGAGUUCCUAAAGAGCUGCGGGGGGCAGCUGCGUUUGGCCAGGGGGAGGGCCCGGUGUGGGCAGAGGAGAUUCAGUGUUCAGGCAACGAAUCUCACAUUUACUUCUGUCCCAAAGCACCCUCACAGAAUCAACCCUGCUCCCAUGGAAACGAUGUGGGACUGGUGUGUUCUGGCAAUGAGGAUGUGAGGUUGGUGAAUGGAGGCAGCCCCUGUGCUGGGAGAGUGGAGGUUUACCAUCAGGAAGAGUGGGGGACAGUGUGUGAUGAUCGUUGGGAUAUGACAGAUGCUGAGGUGGUGUGUAGACAGCUGGGCUGUGGAGAUGCUGUAGCAGCACCAGGAGAUUCUCACUUUGGCCCAGGGUCUGGGAACAUAUGGAUGGAUGAAGUGUCCUGCAGGGGAUCAGAAUCCACACUGAAGGAGUGUCGCUCACGAGGAUGGGGUAAACAUGGCUGUAGUCAUGUAGAGGAUGCUGGAGUGAUCUGCUCAGCCCAUCGUAAGGUCAGGCUGGUGGGCGGGGCUGACCUGUGCUCUGGGAGAGUAGAGGUGCAGCAUGGGGGCUCCUGGGGCACGGUGUGUGAUGCUGACUUUGACCAGCGGGACGCAGAGGUUGUGUGCAGGGAGCUGGACUGUUGGGCUCCUGGAGAGUUGCGGGGGGCAGCUGCAUUUGGCCAGGGGGAGGGCCAGGUGUGGGCAGAGGAGAUUCAGUGUUCAGGCAACGAACCUCGCAUUUACUUCUGUCCCAAAGCACCCUCACAGAAUCAACCCUGCUCCCAUGGAAACGAUGUGGGACUGGUGUGUUCUGGGUACACCGAGUCCAGGCUGGCUGACGGCCCUGAUAACUGCUCUGGUCGAGUGGAGUUGCAGCACCUGGGUAUCUGGAGGCCAGUGUGUGAUGCAUGCUGGGACAGGAGAGCCUCCAAUGUCCUCUGUCAGCAGCUGAAGUGUGGGACUGCAGUGGCAGUGCCAGGACGGGCCUGGUUUGGAGAGGGGAGUGAGCAAAUCACAGCCGAUGUGUUUGAUUGCCAUGGGAACGAGACACGCCUCUCACAGUGUGCUGUUUCCUCAUGGAGCCGAGCUGUGCUCUCACAUGGACCGGAAGCGGGAGUCAUCUGCUCUGGCUCUGCCCUCUCAGCUCUGGACGGGACAGUGCGGCUGACUGGAGAGGGUGCGUGUGAGGGCCAGGUGGAGGUGUACUACCAGCAGACCUGGAGCAGAGUGGGGGGGUCCUGGAGCUUCAGUGAGGCCUCGGUGGCCUGCAGGCAGUUGGGCUGUGGCUCUGCAGUGCAGGUCUACAGCUCCUCUCCGUCUGGGACAGGGGGCAGUGGGGAGUGUCUGAUGGGGGUUCAGUGCUCCGGGAGAGAGGCUCACCUAGGGAACUGCAGCACUCCACACAAACUCGCCUGCAGCUCCAGGGAACAGGUGUCCAUCGUCUGUUCCAAUCACAGGACUCUCAGGCUGGUGGGGGGAGGGGGGGACUGUGCGGGACGGUUGGAGGUGUUCCACAGGGGCUCCUGGGGGACAGUUUGUGAUGACUCCUGGGACCUGGAGGAUGCUCAGGUGGUGUGCAGGCAGCUCCAGUGUGGGACGGCCCUCAGUGCCCCGCUACCCUCCUUCUUUGGGCCAGGAAAUGGAUCUGUCUGGCUGGAUGAGGUGGGCUGUGUGGGGAACGAGACGUCCCUGUGGGACUGUCCCACAGCCGGAUGGGGACAAACUGACUGUGGACACAAGGAGGACGUGGGGGUCGUGUGUUCAGAAUUCAAGGAGAUGAGACUGGCCGAGGGCUGUUCUGGGAAUUUGGAAGUUUUCUACAAUGGCACCUGGGGCAACGUGUGCUUCAAUAAAAUGACUACAGACACGGCUACUCUCAUAUGUCAGGAGCUGAACUGUGGGAAGAGCGGAUUUGUGUCUAACACACGGUCAAGACUGGAAUCAGCUCCAAACUGGCUGGAUCAAUUCAAAUGUCGCCGACAUGACUCCACUCUGUGGCAGUGCCCAUCAAAUCCUUGGAGUGAGAAUACCUGCGGGAAAACCAGCGUGGCUUCACUUACCUGCACAGGGGAAGAGGAUGAUCAAGUUCCACGAAGCAAAUUGUCACGUUCCUCAGCAGCAAAUCAGAGAGCUUACACAAGUCACUGGCCCCUCCGGCUGGUGGGGGGUGAAGGCGGGUGCUCUGGGAGGCUGGAGGUGUUCCACGAGGGCUCCUGGCGGAAGGUGUGUGGAGACUCCUGGGACACGAUGGACGUCCAGGUGGUGUGCAGACAGCUGGGCUGUGGGUCAGCAGGAAAGGCUCAUACUAAUGCUACAUUUGGGACGGGGAAGGACGACCCCUGGGUGACUGAGGUGAACUGCAGGGGCACUGAGAUGCACCUGUGGGACUGCCCACACCAGCACAGCCGCUGCCCACACCAGAACCAGGCUGGGGUCACCUGCACAGUUCCUUUAUCUGAGUCCAGCUCCACUGCAGGUACUCCUGCAAUGACUACACAACCAAAAUCACAGCCAGUUGUGUCCAAACAGCCAGUGCCUGGAUCAAAGGAGGCUCCGCCCAGCCCGUCUAUCCCAGCAGUGGCCUUCCUGGUGAUGGGGGCGCUGUUGUUCCUGCUGCUGGCAGUGCUGGGUGUUCUGCUGUUCCAGAACAGAGCGCUGAAGAGAGCCCUGUCUGAAUGGGACCACACCCCUCUGCAUGAAGCCGUCUACGAGGAAAUUGAGUACAAACUAGCUAGAGGGGGAACCUACAGCGCCCCCCGGUGGGGGAGUGGCCUAUCAGAGGAUCCGCCCUCUGGGUAUGAAGACGUGGAGGACGGCGAGGGACACUCCCUCUCAGGGGACCUGGUGAUGGAGGACACACCGGAGAACUAUGAUGAUGUCAUCCCAGCGGAUAAGCAUCCAGACAGUGUGCCAGGGGAGCUGGUGGAGGGAGAUGCACUAGAGCACUAUGAUGAUGUCAUCACUAUGCAGCCGGGCCCAGACGCUUUUCCAGGGGAUCAUGUGACAGACACUGAGGAGAAUUAUGAUGAUGCCGUGACUCUGGACUGGAUUCAAGUGGGGGAGAGUGUUCUGGCUGAAAGCCCUCCCGCUCCCUGGGGGAUGGACUAUGAUGAUGAGGAAGAGCUGCACGUGGAGGAUGAGGGAUUUGAAGAUGUGGACGACAGGGACCCAACGGCCCAUCAUCGUGCAGCACCAUCAGAUGCUGGGGUGGUGUGUGGACAGCUGGGCUGUGGAGAUGCUGUAGAAGCACCAGGAUAUGCUCACUUUGGCCCAGGGUCUGGGAGAAUAUGGAUGAGUGAUGUGUCCUGCGAGGGAUCAGAAUCUACCCUGACGAAGUGUCGGUCACCAGGAUGGACUUUACAGUACUGUGAUCAUCGAGAGGAUGCUGGAGUGAUCUGCUCAGCUCCAGUCCCUCGAAAAGUCAGGCUGGUGGGCGGGGCUGACCUGUGCUCUGGGAGAAUAGAGAUGCAUCAUGGGAGCUUGUGGGGCACGGUGUGUGAUGCUGACUUUGACCAGCGGGACGCAGAGGUUGUGUGCAGGGAGCUGGGCUGUGGAGUUCCUAAAGAGCUGCCGGGGGCAGCUGCGUUUGGCCAAGGGGAGGGCCAGGUGUGGGCAGAGGAGAUUCAGUGUUCAGGCAACGAAUCUCACAUUUACUUCUGUCCCAAAGCACCCUCACAGAAUCAACCCUGCUCCCAUGGAAACGAUGUGGGACUAGUGUGUUCUGGGUACACUGGGUCCAGGCUGGCUGACGGCCCUGAUAACUGCUCUGGUCGAGUGGAGCUGCAGGACCUGGAUAACUGGGGGACAGUGUGUGAUGCAUGCUGGGACAGGAGAGCCUCCAAUGUCCUCUGUCAGCAGCUGAAUUGUGGGACUGCAGUGGCAGUGCCAGGACAGGCCUGGUUUGGAGAGGGGAAUGGGUCAAUCAGAGCCGAUGUGUUUGAUUGCCAUGGGAACGAGACACACCUCUCACAGUGUGCUGUUUCCUCAUGGAGCCGAGCUGUGCUCUCACAUGGACAGGAUGCUGGAGUCAUCUGCUCUGGCUCUGCCCUCUCAGCUCUGGAUGGGACGGUGCGGCUGGCUGGAGAGGGUGCGUGUGAGGGCCAGGUGGAGGUGUACUACCAGCAGACCUGGAGCAGAGUGGGGGGGUCCUGGAGCUUCAGUGAGGCCUUGGUGGCCUGCAGGCAGCUGGGCUGUGGCUCUGCAGUGCAGGUCUACAGCUCCUCUCCGUCUGGGACGGGGGGCACUGGGGAGUGUCUGAUGGGGGUUCAGUGCUCCGGGAGAGAGGCUCACCUGGGGAACUGCAGCACUCCACACAAACUCACCUGCAGCUCCAGGGAACAGGUGUCCAUCGUCUGUUCCAAUCACAGGUCUCUCAGGCUGGUGGGGGGAGGGGGGGACUGUGCGGGACGGUUGGAGGUGUUCCAUAGGGGCUCCUGGGGGACAGUUUGUGAUGACUCCUGGGACCUGGAGGAUGCUCAGGUGGUGUGCAGGCAGCUCAGGUGUGGGACGGCCCUCAGUGCCCCGCUACCCUCCUUCUUUGGGCCAGGAAAUGGACCUGUCUGGCUGGAUGAAGUGGGCUGUGUGGGGAACGAGACGUCCCUGUGGGACUGUCCCACAGCCGGAUGGGGACAAACUGACUGUGGACACAAGAAGGACGUGGGGGUCGUGUGUUCAGAGUUCAAGGAGAUGAGACUGGCCGAGGGCUGUUCUGGGAAUUUGGAAGUUUUCUACAACGGCACCUGGGGCAACGUGUGCUACAAUCAAAUGACUAGAGACACGGCUACUCUCAUAUGUCAGGAGCUGAACUGUGGGAAGAGCACAUUUGUGUCUAAAACACAGUCAAGACUGGAAUCAGCUCCAAACUGGCUGGAUCAUUUCAGAUGUCGCCCACAUGACUCCACUCUGUGGCAGUGCCCAUCAAAGCCUUGGGGUGAGAAUACCUGCGGGCAAACCAGCGUGGCAUCGCUUAACUGCACAGGGGAAGAGGAUGAUGAAGUUCCACGAAGCAAAUUGUCAUGUUCCUCAGCAGCAAAUCAGGGAGCUUGCACAAGUCACUGGCCCCUCCGGCUGGUGGGGGGUGCAGGCAGGUGCUCUGGGAGGCUGGAGGUGUUGCACGAGGGCUCCUGGUGGAAGGUGUGUGGAGACUCCUGGGACACGAUGGACGUCCAGGUGUUGUGCAGACAGCUGGGCUGUGGGUCAGCAGGAAAGGCUCAUAGUAAUGCUCCAUUUGGGACGGAGAAGGACGACCCCUGGCUGACUGAGGUGAACUGCAGGGGCACUGAGAUGCACCUGUGGCACUGCCCACACCAGCACAGCCGCUGCCCACACCAGAACCAGGCUGUGGUCACCUGCACAGUUCCUUUAUCUGAGUCCAGCUCCACUGCAGGUACUCCUGCAAUGACUACAAUACCAAAAUCACAGCCAGUUGUGAAGGAGGCUCUGCCCAGCCCGUCUAUCCCAGCAGUGGCCUUCCUGGUGAUGGGGGUGCUGUUGUUCCUGCUGCUGGCAGUGCUGGGUGUUCUGCUGUUCCAGAACAGAGCGCUGAAGAGAGCCCUGUCUGAAUGGGACCACGCCCCUCUGCACGAAGCCGUCUACGAGGAGAUCGAGUACAAACUAGCUAGAGGGGGAACCUACAGCGCCCCCCGGUGGGGGAGUGGCCUAUCAGAGGAUCCGCCCUCUGGGUAUGAAGACGUGGAGGACGGCGAGGGACACUCCCUCUCAGGGGACCUGGUGAUGGAGGACACACCGGAGAACUAUGAUGAUGUCAUCCCAGCGGAUAAGCGUCCAGACAGUGUGCCAGGGGAGCUGGUGGAGGGAGAUGCACUAGAGCACUAUGAUGAUGUCAUCACUAUGCAGCCGGGCCCAGACGCUUUUCCAGGGGAUCAUGUGACAGAUACUGAGGAGAAUUAUGAUGAUGCCGUGACUCUGGACUGGAUUCAAGGGAGAGUGUUCUGGCUGAAAGCCCUCCAGCUCCCAGGGGGAUGGACUAUGAUGAUGUGUGGGAGUAGCCUCCUGAAAGAGGAGGAACACUGGAACCAGGUGAUGGAGGACACACCGGAAGACUAUGAUUAUGUCAUCACAGCGGAUAAGCAUCCAGACAGUGUGGCCGGGGAGCUGGUGGAGGGAGAUGCAACAGAGGACUAUGAUGAUGUCAUCACCAUGCAGCCGGGCACAGACGCUUUUCCAGUGUAUUGUGUGACAGACCCAGAGGAGAUUUAUGAUGAUGUCGUGACUGGACUGCAUUCAAGUGGGGGAGAGUGUUCUGGCUGAAAGCCCUCCAGCUCCCAGGGGGAUGGACUAUGAUGAUGUGUGGGAGUAGCCUCCUGAAAGAGGAGGAACACUGUGAGAUUGACAGUUUUAACUUCGGAAGUGUCCACCCACAAGUUUGGAUAGAAGAACUUACAUGGACUCCUUUAUCCUACACAUCUCAAGCAAAAUGUUUUAUUGUCAUAAAACCAUAUCCCACUAGAUCAAUUAUUCAUGAAGUAAUAAUUCACCUGAAAUUAUUUGCUGUGGACUCCUUAGCUCAUUCAUAAAUUAGCUCAUUGGAAAUGCUGGUACUUGUAUACAUUGUGAACAAUAACUUGCAUUCACUGACACAAUGAGACAGUUACUUUUUCUGACCAAGAUGAUGAUGUACAACAACUACAUGGAGUAAGUACUGGCCACUUCAAUAUGAAAUUAAUGAAUCAACAUUUUUGGAAUGUAAAAAUGAAAACUGUGUUUUAGCCUGUGUAAGCUUUUGCUAUAGAUUUGUUUGUAUUUAUAUCAAACCCUUUCAGUUUUGGCUGCUGUGUUCAUGUGCAGGUCAGAGCUGUACAUGUUGGCUCUCUCUGAUUGACACAUGGAACGGUAGCCAGACAGCACUUAUCCAGCAUCAUACUUAUUUGCAAGAUCACAUUUUUAAAUAUGCUUUCAUUGCACAUAGCGGAUGAGUUUGUUCAUCUUUCCAUCUGAGCAGAAGAACAAGACAGUAAGUCUCCACUGGCUGCUUUGUUACUAUUCAAAACUAUUUCAGUACUACUUAUUUCAUACUGCUUUCAUUACUUCUCAAAUUAGUUUAAUUUUUUUUAACAAAAAAUAUUUUUUAAAUACUUUAUAUAUAUUUUUUAUUUUUUUAUUUUGAUGCUAGAUCUUGGAGAAUUAUACUGCUUUUCAUAGACAAGAUUUUAUAAAAAUUAAAUAUUAUAUUUUGCUAAAAUACUCAACAUGUAUUUCUUAGCCUUAUGAAGCAAUACCAGUAUUUUUAACAGCUGUGUGUCAAUAAGAUAUUUUUAAAUAAAGCUGAAAGACUGAUUGAACUUU